AUGAAGACCAUCAUCUCAAUCGCUCUUCUCUUGACCGCUCUGUUCCUGGGCUCUGAGGCUGUCCAAGUCCAGGAUGGAGAAUAUUUUUUCUCAGCUGAAUCUGUGAAGGUCCUUCAGCAUCUGUUGGACAGCAGGUCUGCCCCCAAGCAGCAGAAUCCUCGCCUAGCCAAGACCAGCUAUGGUGCAGUUUGUGGCAACCCAACCCUGCCCCAGGAGUUUGUACGGCUCUGUCAUCAAAGUGACUCUGCCCAGGUCUUCUCCAGGCUCGCUGAAGUGCCUAUGGAUGUAUGUGACAUCUGUGCUUUCCCUGCUUGUACUGGUUGUAUGUACUGGUGA